GCCGCGAGUAGGACAAGUUAUGUCUCUACGUCGAGUCAGAUACGAGCAAAGUUUAUAGUAGCAGGAACCUACUCCGCCGGCGAACGGCAACCGCGCUGGGGGUCCCGUCGCUCUGCCGCUCUACACACGAAACUCGCGAUGUUACAAAAAAUAACGAAAUAGUGAAUUAGUGCACGACGAAAAUUACGAGAAUUCACAAUGGCUUCGAUGUGUGCUAGUGUUUUAUUUUUGUGUAUUUUACACAGUGCCGCCAGUUUCAACCUGGAACCGAGGAUUCCUGUGAUAAAGUUGGGAGAGGCCGGCUCUUAUUUUGGAUUUUCUGUCGCUGAACAUCUGACUGUCAAUGAAAACGUGAAUACUAGCUGGUUACUAGUAGGAGCUCCUCUGGGUCAGAAUCUGCAGCCCAACACCAACAGGUCCGGCGCGUUGUGGAAGUGUGGCCUCACGUCCGCAGUGGGUGACUGCGAGCAAAUCAUUACUGAUGGGAAGAGGACGAAGUACGGCAAGAUAAAUAAGACGUUGGAUUCGAAGCACCUGUCGGGGCCGCACCAGGAUGAGAUCAAGGAUGGGCAGUGGCUUGGUGUGUCCGUGCGCAGUCAGGGUCCGGGGAGAAAAGCCGUCGUAUGCGCACACAGAUAUAUCCGCAAGUCUGGAGAGUCUCAAUAUGGCCAGGGUCUUUGCUAUACUUUGAGUAACGACCUUGAACUUGUAGACGUCUGGGAACCCUGUCGAGGAAGAUCUGUACAAAGAGAGCACGAAGAAUACUCCUUCUGUCAAGUCGGCACAAGCAGUUCGUUGUUGGAAGACGACACGUUACUGCUAGGUAGCCCUGGACCGUACACCUGGCGAGGCACAAUCUUCACGCAGGAUACCCUGGACGAUGUGUUGUCUCGAGACCACGCCGUCUACAUGGCUCCCGUUGAAGACGGAGCCAGUCCCGUUGAAAAAUAUAGCUACUUAGGCAUGUCAGUAGCAGGUGCGAAGUUCUUCGGCUCCAUUCCCUCCUACGCGGCGGGCGCCCCACGGUCCCACGGCACCGGCCAAGUAGUGAUGUUCCAGAAGCGCAAUUUCACCGACUGGAACAAUCCCAACAUCAAUAUCCUCAACUACACCAUGAUGUUCAACGGGGAACAGUUCGGCUCCAGCUUCGGAUAUGAAGUCGCUUCCGCCGAUGUUAAUGGGGAUGGGUUACCAGACCUCCUAGUAGGAGCACCAUUCUACUUUUCGCGUGAUCACGGUGGUGCUGUCUACUUAUAUCUGAAUGAAAACCACAACUUGAAACCUGAAUACAAUCUCAAACUGACUGGGAAACCUGAGUCUCAAUUCGGCAUAUCGAUAGCAAAUGCUGGAGAUUUAAACAAAGAUGAAUGUGAAGACAUUGCCAUAGGCAGUCCUUAUGAAGGGAAUGGUGUCGUGUACAUUCAUUUAGGAGACAGGAAGAAAGGUCUGCAUGUAAAACCAGACCAGGUGAUCAAAGCAGAGUCAUUGCCUAAGAUAUUCAAUACGGAUGUAGUGAUGAAGACGUUCGGUUACUCCCUUUCUGGUGGAGUGGAUAUGGAUGCUAAUGGCUAUCCGGACCUGCUGGUCGGCGCGUAUGAAAAUAGUAGCGUCGCAUUAAUUCGAACACGACCAAUCAUCGACAUCAGGACCUCGAUUCGACCUUCGAACACGAUUAUCAACAUCGACCCAACAAUCCACGGCUGUGAGAAGGACCCCUCUUCCAACCACACCUGCUUUCACUUUCAAGCUUGUUGUAUCAUUAAGUCUUUAGUACGAUCCGCAAAAACGAACACACAUAGGAUCAACUACGUCAUAGAAGCAGAAACCUUCCCUGGAGGAAGGAAGUAUUCAAGAGUCUACUUUGACGCAGAGAAGACGAAUAAUGUGAACAAAACGAUAAUAUUAGGGAAGGACGUGGAAGAUUGUAGGGAGCAUAUUGUUUACUUGAAGAAUAAUACGAGAGAUAUUCAGACCCCUAUCAAGUUCCAACUGACCUACACAUUAGUUCAUGCGGAGCCCCGGUACUCCAUAGUGGGAUCUCUGCCCAACAUCGACGACUACCCGGUACUAAACGCGACCGCUAGAACCACCUUCAGCGCCAACUUCCUCAAUGACUGCGGCACUGACGGCGUCUGCAUCAGCGAUCUCAUUGUCGACCCUCAGUUGCUGCUGCCUAAGAUUAAAGACGGUACAGCAUACAUGCUAACCCUGGGUCAGGAAGAUGAGAUAAAGUUGGCGAUCCACGUGGACAACUAUGGCGAAUCCGCUUAUGAGGGUCAGUUGUUGGUGCAUCACCACUCCAGUCUGCACUACGUUGCUGCUGACAUCAAGGAUAAACAAGUAAUCUGCACGAGUGUCAACAAAACAGUAGUAUCCUGUAUGCUAGAGAACCCGUUCAAGAAGCAGCCAGAAGACGCGGAACCUAUCACCCUUCGCUUCGAUGCUAGAGCGUUGGAAGACAACGAACCCUCAGUGGUGUUCACUGUUUGGGCCAACUCCACUUCCAAGGAGUUGCAUCCUGGGAAGAAACCUGUUCAGACUAUUGCUAUGGUCAUUAAGAACGCUGAGCUGGUGAUUAAAGGUGCGGCUCGCCCCGAGCAAGUGUUCUAUGGAGGAGAGAUCAAGGGAGAGUCUGCCAUGAAAUACUUUGACGAUGUUGGAACCAGAAUCAUGCACACUUAUCAGGUAUUCAACAAGGGUCCAUGGCGUGUACACUCCCCACAAGUGGUGAUAUUGUGGCCGUACCAGGUGGCUUCAGAGAACGAACAGGGCAAGUGGUUGCUGUACCCGGAAGAUAUACCCACUGUGGUUGGAGAAGCUGACCAAAGCAACGGCAAGUGUUUCUUAACACAAGGAGAGAUCAACCCUCUAUUAUUGACGACACGGCCUGGCACUAUGGAACCCCUACUAGAAAACCUAGAAAUGGACCCAUUUCUAACCACUGGCAAACUUAGUGUGAGCUCCAACGAAAAGGAGUCUAACGAAACAAAAAGAUUCUUCACAUCUGAGAAUAAAGUGAGGAGGAGACGAGACAGCGAUAUUGUGAAGGCGGAAGCUUACACGGAUCAAGAUGGACAGCGGAAGGUGGUUGUUAAUAUGAACUGCCAAAAGAAGACAGCGAAGUGCAUUCAGUUCCAAUGCGUGAUCUACCGGCUGGCACGCAUGCAGGCCGCCACGAUCACGGUGCGCGCGCGCCUCUGGAACUCCACCCUCGUCGAGGACUAUCCGCGCGUCAGCCAUGUCAACAUCGCCUCCACUGCCUCCAUACAAAUCUCUGAGCAUUACAAUGUGCUAGGUGACUCGCAUUCUGCUAAGGCGGAAACAAUAGCGUACCCAGACUUGAAGAUCAGCGAGCCAACAGAAGUGCCGUACUGGGUGAUCAUAGUGUCAGUCAUAGUAGGACUAAUAGUACUUAUACUACUCAUUAUAGCCUUGUGGAAGCUAGGCUUCUUUAAGAGGAGUAGACCGGACCCCACACUCUCUGGUAACUUGGAGAAGAACAACCAUGAGUCAAGUCCCUUUAUAGGCAGAGACAGAAGCAUUCGAUAGCUGAAAACCUACUGUUCUACCGUGAACGGAGCCUUAAGUGGAACUAACUUUAGUGCAAAGAACUAAACAAUGCAGAACUAAGUUUAGUGACGAGAACUGAAAUCAUAACAGUGCUAAAUGAAAAAUGUAAUGUAAAAACUGUGUACAUAUACGUAAUGAUGGAAUCAACAAAUUAAUGACUUAGGAAAAAGAUGGGUAUGUUCUGAAUUAAGUGAAUUGGCGGUUUGAGUCAUAGAACUAUAACUUUAUACACAAAUGGGUAUAAAUUUAAGCAACUAAAGUACACUAAAAUAUUACUAUUGUGAUACUUUGUGUCUUUAUUGUUGAUCUCAUUUACUUGUUCAGUGGCAUUCAUCAAUCUUUUUCAUUAAGUCUGAUAUUUAAAGUUUUGUGUAAAACGAGACGGUUCUAGUAAGUAUUUUAUAAAUAUCUUUUGACUGUGAUGUCUUCAUAGAGGAAAAUGAGUGUAAGUAUGUGAUGUUAUAAACGCAACGUGGUUUAUAUUUUGUUGAUGUUUGCACGAGUCCUUGAUGUGAAAAUUUUAAUUAUAAAAAUUGUUUUAUUUGCAAAUGCAUUUCUGUAGAAUAUAGCGUGAAAUAAUAGUUUAUUAUAUAAUGAUUGUCUGUUUAUAUAUUCGUAUAGAAAUGUAUUUUCUGUAAAUAAGUACUUGCCUUAAUAUUUAUGAAGAAUAGACUAAGUAAUUUACUUAAUUUGACUAGAUUUUUUACUAGUCACUUAAUAACAAUAAGUGUAUUUGUGAGUGUAUGUCGUGUCUAUAAUGAAAGUUUACUUUAUUAUCUACUUAAAACUAUAUUUCAAUCGGAAACACAUAAAUGUGUCAAGUACUUAAAUAAACGAUUAUUUACCUACAUUCGACACUUAAAAUAUUUAGUCAGUCAUUAAAAUAAAACACAAAAUUACUUAUUUGUAAUAAUUGUUUAUUUGUAUGCAAUGUAAAUAUGUAGUAUUUUUAUAGAACUGUAGUUUUUCUAAACAUAUGGCAUUGGUCAAGAUAUGAGGCUUCCACGUUUUACUAAAUUGUUCACAAAACACUGCCAACUUACAUAAUUGUUGUUUAAUAUAAUUAUAACCACCUAAAUAACACUGGUUGUGAAUAUUUCGAGUAUAAUUUUCUUAAUAAUUCUCCUGCCUAUCGAUACUUAGCAAAUACAUUUAAAGAAAAUAAAAUGGUGCCAUUUUAAAGUAUAGAA